AUGGCUCGGGUUAGCUGCAGGCCGUUUUUCGCCCUUGCGAAGCCAACUUUAAGGACCGAUUCAGCGACGUACACGACGCGGUUCGGCUCAGCCAUGCAGACUGCGGAGGCCGCGUCCUCGUCCAUCAGGGCGCCAACCCCCCUGGAGCGGCCCCGCCGGGUGCCUAUCCCCCUGGAGCGACCCCGCCGGGUGCCUACCCCCCUGGAGCGACCCCGCCGGGUGCCUACCCCCCUGGAGCGACCCCGCCGGGUGCCUACCCCCCUGGAGCGACCCCGCCGGGUGCCUACCCCCCUGGAGCGACCCCGCCGGGCGCCUACCCCCCUGGGGCUCCUCCAACAGGGUACGGCGCACCUGCAUACGGAGCCCCACCGCCGCCAGGGUAUGGUGCACCGCCAGCACCGUACGCACCACGGGGGCAUGGGCACGGGCGCCGCGAUCGCCGUUGGCGCCGUGGCUGGUGCGGCUGCCCUGGGGGGCGGGCUGCUGCUCGCGGACGCAAUGGACGGUGACAUCUUCGACGCGGGCUUCUGA